AUGACAAUUUCAUUGGGAAAUUAUUUCAAAAUAAUUUUAUGCCUUAUAUGUACUUUAACAAAUUCAUCUACUGGAAAACGAAAGUGCCCAACUUUCAUUAAUUAUAUCCAGAAAAAACAUGAAAUCGAUUUUCCAGAAGAAAGGUACAAUCUACAGUGUAGUGACAAUAAUACUCAAUGUUUACUUUAUGUAUACCAAGAAAAGUCUUUUUGGGAUGCACAUAAAAUUUGUAAACAAUUGACGGGUGAUUUGUGGGUACCAGAGACGGAUGUAAUAAUUCAUUAUGAUUAUUGGAUUGGUAUAUAUAAAUUACUAACAAGUGAUGAUAUUGAUGAACCAGUAUGGAUGACUAUGACACAUCAUAUUUUAAAUAAAGAAAAUUGGGUCACAGAUUCACUGAUUUUUCAAGACAGUAUGAACUGUGCUGUUGCAAAAGCAAUGAAAUCAGGAAAGUGGUAUCCAACAGCAUGUCGACGACGUUUCUUUUUUGUCUGUCACUUCAAAUUUUAACUUUCCAUUUUC